GAAUAAUCAAGAAUCUCCUAAGUUGUACUAGCCCUUUUCUGACGUUUUGUCCGGAUCCUACAUCUGACCUCGGGGUAUCGAGACGAAAAGCUUUCAAGAUGCAGACACAUGACGCGUACGAUCGUUUCAUGGAGCUUUGCCGUGAUUCCAGUCAAUAUCCUCAAGUACAGCUCGGAAAACAACAACCUCAUGAAGCUCUUUACGGGGAACGGCAAUACGAAAUCCUCCAAGAGAGGGAAUGCUGUUUGUUUGAUCGUGCGGCAUCUGUGAUAACAUUCUGGGAAACUGGAAGAAGAAAUCAGUUCCCUGAUGAGGAAGAAGUAAUUUGGGACAUGGACUCCCUUUGGUUGCAUCUCAAUCGUGGUGGCCAAGAUCCACACGUUCGCCAUGUUUUUGUUGGCGCAGAGAACUCGAGAUCGCCGUUGAGUUGCUCUAUGGACAUGUUCAAGCUCAUCUGUUCCUAUCACCAAGUCAAUACCUCUUUUUUGGAGCCGGUACAUGCCUUUGGACGACAAAGUGAGCCUCUCGAUCUCUGCCUGGCCCAAUUCAAAGGCAGUGACACACUCAACUGCCCCACUGAAGGCCUCCCGGAGCUUCCCAGGCUUGGCCGUUCCGGUCGUGAAAUUCAGUUGUCUUAUCUUCUUCGCUCCGUCGAAUCUUCUGAAAGUGGUAAUGGCGUCUGGGACUGGCAGAUUCGUCAAGUUGCGAACUAUCACUGCUUUGAUGUGGAAACCGGAAGGGCCUUUUGGUUUACCAUCAAGGCAGACGAUACUUUCGAAGAUCGAAUAAAGAAAACAAGCCCUCUUCUCAGGAUUCCAGAAAAGACUGAAACACCAGAUGGAGAUGUUUCUCUCUAUCUUCAGGCAUCACUGGCUAUUCACUUGGUUUACUUAUCCUGGUGCGAUGAGAAUUGGCGACAGUUUAUCAACGAGACCGAGGCAGGAAUUCGAACGAUUGUAACACCAGCCAGCAAAGCGAUCGUCGAUGACCUCAUUGGCAGAGAGUCCAACUGUUUGAGCGCAUACCCAAAGCCUUUGAGAGACUCCCGCAACCCGACUAUGUACUCGCAAAGUCAAUCAGUGCCUGGCACUCUAGCCACCACUAUUGAUUCCGAGAAGAACAAGAUGUCGAUGUUAUCCCGAAUGACAAACGGGACAUCUUCAAUUCUCAGCUCUUGGCUCAGGCAAGAGAAGUCCAAAAUGGCGGACCCGGAGCUUGGUGGCCAAUACCCUACUAAUACGUGGACAACGGACACAAGUCCACAGCCGCCCCAACCAGAUACGUGGGAAAUUCUCAACCAGUUCCGGUUCAAAGACAUGCAAACCUUGCACAAGCACUCUGAAAUCAUUCAUCGAGCUUCUCUAGCUCUAGAACUUGACAUUGGUGUCCUUGGUGACAUCUGCGACUUUUACAGCCAGAUCGCAGCCACUGAGUUUCGCGGGAAAGUUGCAUGUGAAAGACCUAUCAACAACUUCAUCAAAGAGGUCCAAUCUAUUGUGAGGAGAUUGGAAACACGACUGCAGCAAAUGCGUUGUUUGGUCAUCACCCUCAAUCAGAGUAUACAGCUGUACGAGCGAUUACUCCAGCAACGCACAAAUUAUAUCGGCAAUUGGUUCGCCGAAAUAGCUCACGAGAACACGAAGCAGAUGCAAGUAAUUACGGACAAGACCUUGAAGGAAACAACGUCGAUGCAUGUCAUCACAAUUGCGACACUGAUUUUUCUGCCGGCCACCUUCGUUGCAACCUUCUUCCAGAGUGGAGUGUUGCAUUGGAACGAAGACAAGACAGAGGACAUGGCAGAGCCGUUUGUUUGGAAGCGUGAUAACUUGAUACUGUUUUUGAGCUUUUGCGGUCCUUUGACUGCGGCCACCAUUGGCGGCUGGUUAUUCAUGUGUGUACGACUGAGGAGAAGCGCUAGACGGAGACGUUAAGGGCUGGGGAUAAUCUUGUUGUACGCAUAUAUGGUAACGAUACGGAAAGAAGUUACAGGCUGGUAUGUAUUUGUGGUUUAAUGCAUCACGCAGACUUGGUACAAAGCUGAAAGGAAGAUGAGCAAUGGGGCGACUUUACACGCCUAUGCUAGAAUAUAAGACAGUCUGUAGUAGUACAGACCCCUUUAUACUCUGAGUACAGAGUUCGGGUCCUUUGGUAUAUUAUUUAAACUAUACGUUGAAAAUAA